AUGGCCGGCGAAGAUCUCUACAUCGGGUGCUAUUACAAGGGAAAGCAGAUCAGAAACUUCACCGACCUUGGUGCGGCUUAUCGCGACUCGCAGCCUGAGCCUUCCUGCUGGAAGGCCGUCCGUGAGGAGCCCAAGGCUGAACCUGAACCUGAACCCGCGUGCGAGCCCCAGACGUCCAACGCCGGUGCCUACGGCGGCUAUGGAGGUGCACAGUUUGGGGGCUACGCAGGCGUCUCCGGUGGAUUUAGCAUGCCCUAUGGAGGGGGCUUUGCCAGCCAACCGAUGGACCCUCAAUACGCCGCAAUGUACAGUGGUGGCGGCCAGCAUCAAGCUUCUCCAUACCAGGCCAUGUAUGGUGGCAGCCAGCCCGGCGCCUACGGAGCGAUGUACGGCAGUGGCCAGCAGGCCCAACAGCCCCAGCACCCCUACGGUACCAUGCAUGCGGGUGGACAAACUGCCGUCUCUCCGUACGGUGCCAUGUAUGGUGGCGGGCAGCAGAUGGCCUCCCCUUACGGCGCAAUGUAUGGCGGCGGCAUGCCCAGUGGUGGACCGUUCGGUAGCAUGGGUGGUGGGUACUUUGGCGGCUACGGCGGCGGUCACAUGUAA